GUGUAUUUUUGAAAUGUAUAUUUCGGUAUCGAUAGCUCCCCGAUCACUGCGCUGCAACAUGGUGCGAAUCAAAAAUAGGUACAUAGCGGUGCAAAUUGUGCCCUAUGCACCCAAAAAGACACUGGGUUUGAAGGAUCACAUCCUGUCCAAGUGCAUUUUGCAGAACGUGGAGAAGCACUAUGGCGUCUACGGACUCGGCGUUGUAGAGCAAGGGUUUCGUGUUAAAUAUUGCAAUGAACGCACCAAAAUAGCCGUUAUACGCUGUGUGCAUCGUGGCCAACGUUUCGUGUCGAGCAUGCUACCGCUGAUUACUCUGAUAGGCGACGUGCGAGCCAAGUUCCGCACGCUGUACAUUGGCGCCACAAUUAUACAGUGCAACAAGUUCAUCAUUAAACAUCAGAAGCAGUUCUUGGAUCGCUUCAUGGGUCAAGUGGAGUCCGCCAAGGAACGGCAGGAUCUCUUCAAGCGUGUAAUGGAGUUGGAUAUGGAUAGAUAGAAACUGAUUUGUAUAGUAUAUAAUUAAGUAAUUGUAGUACAUAGCUUUCUUGUAGAAGGCGGUUGUUCCGAUUUCAC